CUCAGCUGGCAGACAUUUAAAUGGGAGACAGCUCGGCGCUGCUGCAAUUUGUAGGCAGGAUCCGAGACUCUCUCUCUCUAUGGACUCCUGGGCAGCUCCGGGCUCUCACGCCACCCGCUCCGCCGAGUGACCGUCCGGGCAGAGCCCCGCCGAGCCUCCGGCCCCGCCGCGGAGCCGCCGCCGCCGCGCAGGAUGGUCCGCACACUGUAUGCCAUCGGCGCCGUGUUUCUUCUGAUGGGAUUUCUGCUCCCAGCAGCAGAAGGAAGAAAGAGGAAUCGAGGAUCUCAAGGUGCUAUCCCUCCUCCUGACAAAGAUCAGCCCAAUGAUUCAGAGCAAAUGCAGACGCAGCAGCAGUCAGGCUCUAGGCAUCGAGAACGAGGAAAAGGCACCUCGAUGCCUGCUGAAGAGGUGCUGGAGUCCAGUCAGGAAGCGUUGCACAUCACUGAGCGCAAAUACCUAAAGCGGGAUUGGUGUAAAACUCAGCCCCUCAAACAAACUAUCCACGAAGAAGGCUGCAACAGUCGUACCAUUAUCAACAGGUUCUGCUAUGGUCAGUGCAAUUCAUUCUACAUACCCAGGCAUGUCCGUAAAGAGGAAGGCUCCUUCCAAUCUUGUUCCUUCUGCAAGCCCAAGAAAUUCACCACCAUGACUGUUACACUCAAUUGCCCUGAGCUUCAGCCCCCAAGAAAGAAGAAAAGAAUCACCCGAGUUAAGGAAUGCCGGUGUAUAUCUAUUGACUUGGACUAAACUGAGAAGAACACGGUACCAAUUGCACUCUGACUGUAUGCAAUCAUUGCCAGCAUGAGAGUGAGUGGUGUGAACUGGCAUACCUUCGGGGCUGGACAAAAUUGUGAAUUACUUAAAACAAGAAAAGAAAACCCCCCCAAACCAGAAAAAAAAUUGAUGUAAGCAAAGGGCAAACCAGUAUGUUUGUGUGUAAGAGAGAAAAUGGAUGUGUACUAGCAAAUCUCUGAAUAUUCACUACAAUAAAUAGUUUAACAGGAGUAUGAAAUAUUAAAAAAAAAAAAUCUACUUACCUGCAGUCAUGGAUUAGGUUUCCUAGAGUACAUUCACAUUUUUGCUGCUUGGAAAAUGGAGCUGUGUCUUUUACUAACAUUGACCUGCCAUGCUUUUUGCUUUCACUGUAUUAAGAGAAACAUCAAAGUGAGAGAAUGAUAUUUUUGAAAGCAUGAUUCUGUUCUUAAAUACGAAAUAGGCAAAAAACAGUUCAAAGCAUAGCAAAACCAUCACUGAAAAUAAUAGCUGUAUCAAAACUUUGUAAUACAUUUCUUAAAAAAAAAUAACUGUAAUCCAAAAGCCAUGUCUGGACAAUAAUGAGGGGACAUGAGAGUGUUGAAAAGUCAGUGGAUGGAAAAUGGAGUUACAGCAAGUUAGAAUGCAAAAGGCCAAAGUAAGUAGACAAGGAGAGUGCACAAGGGAGUAGAAAAAGAAAAGAUACCUAAAUAGGAACACACAGAGGAAAAGAUAUUGUCUUCUGUUUAUGUUUUGCUUUAAUUUAUAUAGUUAGGCUUAUAUUACAUAAAUUAAAGAGAAACUAUAUACAAGGCUAUAAAUAUACUUCUGAAUUCUAAUGGCUUUCCAAAUCAAUCACCUCGCACCACUAGAUCCAUUUGAUGUCUUGUAUUUUUGGUAUCAGUUAUUCUUCAUAUCUACAUAUGUAUGUAUAUGCAGUAUCUUUUAGUCGUUGGUAUCUAUACGUACAUACAAUGAGUAUGCAUACUCUAUUGUGUGUAUCUGAACUCCUUCUCUUUUUCACACACAUACAUAAAAACCAUACAUAACCACAGCACGAAAAUCUUGCUAACCAAGAUCAAGUACUGAAUGGCAGUAAUUUAGUACAUAAAGAGCAAAGCAAAAAUUAAAACAAGCGUCAUGUGACAGCAAAUGCAAUAACCACACAAGAGACAAAAGACACGACAUUCAUGACUAGUAAACAUUGCAUUGUUAUUUUAGCUUUGCCACAGGCAUGCAGUUUGUUGAAAAAGAGAUGCAGAACUUUGCCAGCAAUAAUCUUUUUAUAUCUUUUACCACAGACUUGCGUUUAAACUGGAUUUGGGCUUAGUAAAGAGAGUUUUCUGAAAAUUAGGGCAAACUGCCCCUCUGAUUUGGGGAGGAGAAAAACAUAAAAGGGGACAAAGUACUUCCAAUAAUUCAAUGGAUCCUACCUGCAAGGUUAUUCCGCCUUUUCUUGCCUUCAGGAUUAGGAGCUUAAAUCUGAUCACAGCUGCGGGUUUUGACAAGAGCACAGAAGGUCCUGCAGAAGGAGUUGGUUUAGCAAAGUGGACUGUGGCCCAUAGGACCCAAGAGGUAGCCCUUCCGUGCACGUUGCCCUUGCUUUCCUGGGAGUCUCAUGGGAAGCCUGAGGG